AUGAGCAACUUCAGAGUGAGCAGGUGUUUCAGACCCUUUGAUGAUGUGAACGAGUACCAACUGCAUCAUUUCUGUGAUGCAUCUGAGUCGGCGUACGGUGUAGUGUCUUACCUGCGCAUGACCAGUGAAGGAGGACAAGUCCAUUGCAACAUAAUUCUGGCUAAAGCAAAAUUAGCACCUCUGAAGAAGAUGACAAUACCUCGCUUAGAGCUCAUGGCGGCAGCACUUGCAGUCACAAUGGAUAGAAAGAUCAGAAAGGAGCUGGACUUUCCCUUGAAUGAGUCUGUCUUUUGGACAGAUAGCACAAUAGUCCUCCAUUACAUCCGCAGUGACAACAAGCGCUUUCGGACAUUUGUGGCUAACAGGAUAUCUACCAUCCGUGAUGCCUCGGAGCCCAGGCAGUGGAGAUAUGUCAACACAGAAAAGAAUCCAGCUGAUGAUGUAUCAAGAGGUCUAACGCCAGACAAGCUCAAUGGCAGAUGGCUCAAGGGACCAUCCUUCCUAUGUGCUGAUGAGAUGGAAUGGCCUAUCGCUCCAGCUGAUCUGCAAGUGCCACCAAGUGAUCCAGAAAUCAAACCACCUACAGAAAAUGCCAGUGCAUUCACAACUCAGUCAGAGGAGAAGUCAUUGGAAAGGCUUAUCAACACAUAUUCCUCCUGGUAUAAGCUGAGGAGGGGAGUGAGCUGGCUAUUGAAGUUCAUGCAGUGGUUGAAACUCAAAGGAAAAACCCAGACAGAGCAAGAGCUGAGGGACUUCAAAAGGAUCAGUUACGACGACAUGCAGAAAGCAGAGAAGAGAAUUUUGCAUUACGUGCAAAAAUGUUUCUUCCAGAAGGAGAUUGAAUCAUUGACCGAUUCAGAUGGUAAAGUGACAAAGACAAGUCAACUCUACAAGCUGGACCCUAAGAUAGUCGAGGGUCUUGUUAGAGUUGGAGGAAGAUUAGAGAGAUCAGCUCUACCAUCAGAAGCUAAACACCCAGUUGUCUUACCCAAGGGAAGUCACGUGGCAUAG